AUGAAUUCUAGGGGGUUUUUCCGGUUGCUGAUUCUAUCAACCUUGUUCUGGCUGUUGGUACUCGAGUUGUUGAUAUUCUUCAACAGUACUACCUUCGGUGAUUUGAAAGAGUUCAUUUUUAAGCCAUAUAAGGAGAAGAUAAAAGAGUAUGAUGUUGGCCAAAGAAGUCAGCAUUGGGAUGAUGAUCGGAUAGCGAGAAUUCUUCAGGAGAAGGUGCGUGUGCAUUGCCUGGUUUAUUUGGACCCUUCGGACUACAAGUUUGGUCUUAUUAAGGCUGGACAUGCAAAUAAAACUUGGGGUCGUCGCUGUAAUCAUCUGACCAUUAUCGACCAAAGGGAGAUCUCUUUGCUGGAGGCAUACCACAGUAUUUAUAAGAAGUUCCACAAUGAGUUCGACUGGCUGCUGGUGGUUUACUUGGAUUCAUAUGUGAUUAUGGAGAAUUUGCGCCUCAUGCUGGCCCACUAUCGUCCAACCGAGGAGAUCUACUUCAGUGCCCAUCACGCCUUCUAUAUCUACGCCCAUGUGGGCAGGGUACCCAGCACCGAUUACAUUUUCAGUAGGGAGGCUUUGGAGCAGUUGGCCACCAGAAAUUGCCUCCGAAAUGAGGUUUUUCUCAGGGAGUGCUUGAAACGAAUGAAAAGGGGUCCCAGCGAUGCCCUCCAGCCAUUUAAUGUCCCGGAUGAGGUGAUCCCCUUUAGUUUGCGCAAUGAGUUCUGGCUCUGGCCCUGCGCCUUCCGAGCUGUCUACCAAAACCAGAGCUGGGAGAGUUGUUUUGGGGGAGCCGUACUUUUCCCGUAUUGCCGUUCCAUAUCGAUGCACAUCCUGGAGUUUGUGUUCUAUCACCUGCGACCCUAUGGCCACGUAAAUUCCCUGCCGGAACUUAAGUCCUCCAGUUUUGCCACAACAAUAGCAACGAGGCCAUUGAACGAUCGUGUGGCCAGGUAUUUGUAUCGGUCGGUAAGGAUAAUUUGCUUGAUAUUGACCUGGCCAAAGAAUUACAUGAGUGCCGUGAAGGCAAUUAGCGAAACGUGGAGUCGCCACUGCAAUCGUGUGGUAUUUUAUGGCAGUUCUUCCGAAACCAUCUUACCAGGCAUUGAGAUUGUGGGUCUGAACAUAAGUGAUGUGCGAAGUAAUUUGUGGGGCAAGACAAAGGCUGCCUUUCGACAUGCCUAUAUGCAUUAUGGUCACGAGGCGGACUGGUUCUACAAAGCUGAUGACGAUACCUAUGCUUUAAUGGAGAAUAUGCGAUAUAUGCUUCAAACACACUCACCCAAAUAUCCGAUUUAUUUUGGUUCCACCUUCCAGUUGUCGUCCAGCAUUUACAUGUCCGGAGGAGCUGGCUAUGUGCUCAGCAAAAUGGCCGUAAAGAAAUUGGUUGAGGGGGAAAGAAGUCAUUGUCAGCCAGGCGACAGAGGCACUGAAGACUGGGUGAUGGGCCAAUGCCUACGAAAGUUGAGUGUUAAGGCUUACGACUCCAGAGACGUUUAUGGACGACAUCGGUUCUUUUCGCUGACCAUGGAACACUUUCUCAUACCUGAUCAUGAUGAAGACAACUUUUGGCUGCAGAGAUAUCUUCUUCACCCAGCUGGAACGGGAAUUCAAUGCUGUUCAUCUUAUGCGAUAUCCACCCACUAUGUGUCACCCUACGAAAUGCACUUUCUGGAAACGAUUUUGUAUAAAGCACGACCAUAUGGUCUCAUUGCUGGGCAUCCUCCGUCAAGAACCCCAAGAAAAAAGCGAUUAAGGCAACAGCAGUUUAGGUUAUGAUACUAGUUUUAUUUAAUUUUAACAUUUGUUUGUAACUUCGUAACUUGUAAAUAAUUAAAAUGGCAUUUAUACUUAUAACUAAUAAUUUUU